AUGAACCUGGAUGCUUUGUUCCAGCAAAUACAGCUCACAGAAAAGCAGGCAGGGGAGAAGAGGCGCCUCAUCCAACAAGCUAAAUUCGACAUAAACAGAAGUUAUGAAAAAAUUAACCAAAUAAAAGAAGAGCUGAGUACUGCAAAAAUGAAAUUAGAAACUAAGGUUCAGCAUCUGUUUGAAAAAUGGUUCUACUUAGAAACUCUGAAGAAACGUGAAGACAGCCUAGAAAAACAGAAAGCUGAACUUAUCAAUCAAAAAGACAUGCUUCUUAAAAUCUUUACAGACGCGAAGCGAAAAAUGACUGAAGAGGAAGAUAAUUUUACUAGAGAAAUAACAGAGUUUAACAAUGAGUAUGGACUAACAAGUAAUAGAGAUCUUCUGAUUAAAAAAAAAGUCAAGUUUGAAAUAAAUGAUUUAGAGAACGAGGCAGCUCUGUUGAAAAACGAAAUGGACUCAAUGGAACAUAAAAAUGUUCAGUUAAAUGCACUCCAGCUGCAGAAGAAUGAAUUAAAGCAGUAUUUAUUUACCCUCCAAAAUGAACUCAAAGACCUUGAGAAAGUAAUCAGGGAGGCUGAAAAAAUGACAAAAGAUUUAGAAGCAGAAAAAGUCCAAGUCACUGAAAAACCUCAGACUGAUCCUGAAUGUUUAAGGCUUAAGAAAGAGUUGGAAAAUUGCAAAGAUGAUGAUUGGGAAAGUAUCUGUGAGACCCUUCGAACAGAAAUUGAAAUUCUGCAAAUGCUCAACUCCAGCAAUCCUGCAUGA